CGGGACCUCGCCUCCCGAAGAGGGGACAUCUCUGCGGCGGCGCCCCUGUGGGCCUCUCAACAGCACAGGUCUGUGCGCGUGCCCCGUGAGGGGUGGGGUGGGUGCCCGAGCCGUCUGUUAGGCAGAGUAAGUCGCGGGAGCUUCGGUCUGUCUUUCACGGAGCGUGCAUCGGCGAGUGGGUGCCCCUCAGCGCUCCGUGGAGCCCCAUCGGGGGAGCAACAGCGCCCCGCAGCGCAGGAACAGCGCCGAUGCAGCUCCCAGUGGCGACCCGCAGCGCCCAGCAUCGCGCCGCGCGAGGGAGGCGCCUUCUGCCUGCCGUGCGCGCGACGGGGCGCGCUGCUCGAAUCUCCUAUGCUGGGCGCCCGCGGGACGACCGACGGCUCCCUCGGGAGCUGCCCUCCCGCUCCGCGGCGGCGUGGCCCGCCCUCUCCCGCGCGCGGCCCCCGUGCGCGCAGCCGCGGCUGGGGGCAGGCCGCGCGGCCGGCCGCCACGGCCGCGGCGAAAGAGCAGCCUAUCUUUGCGGCGGCGUCGCCGGCCCUCCGCGCGCGCAGGCGCCGCGGGUGGCCAGGCCGUCGCAUCUCUCGAGGCCUCCCCAAUGGGGUCCGAGCAGAUGGGCCCAUCUGACGGGCCUCUAUAGCUUCCGAGCGCGCCGCGCGCGCGGCGCAGGGAGGGGCACGCCGUCCGCAUCUCCUGGCUGGUCGCACGGGGGCGGCGGAUGCGGCGUCCAGCUGCUCGGCGGGCUGAAA